CUUGGGCGAAGGCGAGUGCUUGAACGUCGUUGUUAGUCGUCGUCGAGUGGGCCAUUGAGUUUGAAUCUUCACUCCGGAUCGGAGUCAGAGCCUCGGGUUUGAGUUCGAGAGGGUGAUCCCGCUGCUGGUGUUCGUACCCUAGCCGUUGUCGUGCGUUCAAUUCAAUUGUUCAGUGAUGAACGAAUGAGCGGUCCGUUGUCCAUACGCCAAAAAUUAGAUGCAAACGGACUGUCGCGUAGUGAGGACGUGUGUGAAAUACAGCGGCGACCUUGUUGUUUUGUUUGUUCGCUGUUUCGAGCAUUCAUAUGUGAAGGGGGGAACAUACGUGGAAAUUCGCCCCUCAGACUGUCAGGACUCUUUCCUCUCGCCCCCUUGUCAUAUAGCAUUCGCUAUACAUAAGGCACACACUCUCAUUGUGACGACAUCGAGUCAAAAGGAAUGUCGACAUCAAAUUCUUCGAAGAAUCCGUUUUUGAAGACGACGGUCAAAUCGCGACAAGGGUUGUAAAAUAUAGUUUCAGUUGUAAAAGUUCACCUGUUCAGUUCGGUUCGGAUCCACUACCGAUGACGAAUUCAGUCACCCCCGCGAUUUAUCAACUUAGGCAGAUAGUGUCCAGUCAAUUGUUAGCUUUUCGGACUUACACUUGGAUGUUUUUCUGGUUUCAUUAUUCGGUUUGAAAACGAUAUUAGAAUAAAAUGCGGUAGCUCCGUUAAUGAAAUAGAGACAUGAACGAAAUAGUAGUCAGGCAUGUUUAACAAAUUAUAAUAAAGUUUAUAUAGUUUGAUUUUUAACGUCGAUAGUGAACAAUAUCAAGAGUUCUGGCUGGUGUUAUGAAAAAAGUGAACAAUGUCGAGCAGCGUGAGGAAAAAAAAUGUGUAACGCGAAACGUACUGAAGGUUUACCUGUCCACAACCGAAAAGUACCAAGUGUUAUAAUGCAACUUUUCUCCGAUCUUACUAUAAAUAAAAUAAUUACAACCAAUUGACCAAACAUUCUUGUGGUCACCAUUGACCAGAUCCCCAAUAGAAACUUUGUCAAGUGAACCCGCCAAAAUUCACCUCUAACCACUUGUGUCAUAAUACCAUUGUAAUACCUGAGUAACAAAAGAAACAAUAUCCUGACGGAAUACAAUUCACUCCUUACUUUGCACCUGACAGUGUGUUAACUCGGCGAAGAAACAGUCACGUGCAUGCAUGGAUUAAAAAAAGGAGGCGACAAUGAUAGAAACAUACAGUGGAAAAAUGUUUUUCUUGUCUUGGCGCCAGCAUUCUAAUAGUGUUGUUAUAACUAUUAUGGAGAAAAUUCAACAAUAGUGAGAGAUUAUUUAUAUGUAGUAUUAUCAUUACGACUUGCUGCCAAUGUUUCUAAGGUAGAGUUAAAAGUUGGGAAUUGAAUUUCCUUAAUUGUCAAGUGGUAUUUUUGGAGAUAUACAAUUGAAAUAAUAAUAGUGUGAGGGCAACAAAGAAGAUAAAAUCCGGAAAAAUGAGAAUUAAAAUGCCCGCCGUUCGUAUUGCACAAGCAGAUACCGACACCACAGACGCCGAAAGCACACAGGAUAUUCUCACCUGUGGAUCCUGCCAAAAAGCAUUUGCUCUGUCUGAUAUAGUGCGAUUUAUUCAACACAAAGUACUACAGUGUAAUAAAGAAAACUAUGGACAAUGCUAUUCACAAGGUCCAACAAGUGAUCGAGAAGGUGAUGAUGGGCGGCCACUUAGCUUAGUUAAUCGAAGGCCGUCAAUAUCGGCACCAAUUACAAGCCGGAAAGCAUCUGGUUCGCGCGUACACACACCACCACCUAGUCCAGCAGACCUUCUAGCGGAUGGCGCAUCGAGUACACCAAAAAGACUGGUUGACGAAAAUGACAACACAACACCAAAACAAAAUAGCUCAAGUCCAUUGGGCGCUUCAGCUUUGGACGAAACAUCAGCAACAACAACGGUAACCGCGGCAAUAACCACUAGUAGAGAUGAUAAGGACCAUCAAAGUUCAGGCAGUGGUCAGACGCAACAGCAACCAAAUAAUGUAGAAAUUAAGCAAGAGCGUACCGAUAGUAGCAACAUUUCCAGUCGUGAUGGUGAGAGUUUACGAAGUAGUAGCCAACAACAACCUCCACUUAAGCGGCCGAAAGUUGAGGUGGUAGAUGCCGAAUCGAAUACAAUGCAUAGCGAGCCCAGUAACUACACAUGCUCAACAUGUAAAACACGCUUACACUCAGCCUGGCGACUUAUUCAACAUGUCCAACACGCACACGGUGUCAAAAUCUACGUGGAACCUUCGUCCUCUAAUACGCCAUCAUCAUCAGCAUCGUCCACGUCCGCGCUUAACACAGCUUUCAAUAUGUUAAGUCAAAAAAUGUUGUCUGCCGGAGUAGGAAGUUGUAACAGCAAUGGUAGUAGUAUGAGUGGCAUGAAGGAUGUGACCAGCAGUUCGAUACCAAAUUCAAUGGGUUCAGCUCCUAGUCAGAGCAGCCAACAGCAACAAGUCCAGUCGGCAUUACAGGCUGCACAACAGCAACAACACCAUCAGCAGCUGCAGCAACAGAAUGCAGUACAAAAUUCGCAGAGUUUACCACCGCCAGGAAUGCGACACCAUCCGCUGUUGCCACCACCGGAUCUUCAUCCGAAUCCGUUCAAUCUUCUGCGCAUGCCGUUGCCGCCCCUUGCACAAGGUCCAGUAGUUCCUCCAGUUGCUCCACUGUUUCAGCGCCCCCAUGAUCAUUAUCGCAUGGAGCAGCUGGUAUCAGAGCAAUUCCGCCAUCAUGGCCUUAACUUAGCCGCAGCUGCUGUGGCCGCUGCAAACUCACUGACCCCGCAUAGUCAAUCAUUCUCAGCAGGAUCAUCGUCUCUGUCCAGCGGCAAUUGUGCUGGUCAGGAUCGACCACCUUCUAACCGUAGCAGUUCAGUACCUUCCUCAGUUAGUAACCAAACCAACCUACCCCCCAACAUGGAACCGCAGAUGGAUUUUUAUUCGCAGCGAUUGCGUCAGCUGGCUGGAACAACGAGUCCGGUAGCUGGAAACGGUGGUAACUCGAGCUCGCCGAGUCCCCGUAAACAGCAAUCGCCUUCGUUCGCGAGCCCCUCUCCCUCACAACUACCUCCAACACCCCUGACGAACAACUCUCGUCCGCAGAGCUUGACACCUCCCGAGAAAACCCAAGAUGUGAUUGGAAGCGAUAAUGGAGCUUUGACCACAACGCCCCGGUCUGCAUCAACACCACCCUCUAAACCAGGACAGGAAACUGUUUAUAGCUGUGAACAUUGUGACAAAAAGUUCCGUUUUGAACAUAAUUUGAUAAUUCAUCGAAGAAUUCACACCGGCGAAAAGCCAUACAAGUGUACCGCAUGUGAUUUUGAAUGUGUGCAUAUCAACAAACUGAAGCGCCAUAUGCAGGUGCACAGAACCCCUGAAGAUCGAACCAGCAAUGCAGGAUCAGUGGAAACCCUUGACGGCGAAGAUUCUGCGGAUGAUAUGGAUGAGGAAGAGGCAAUGGACGAAGAGGAUGAGGAAGAUAUGGAAGAGGGAGAGGAUAUGGAGGAUGAAGCAGAAGAUUUGACUGUAAGCAAUAAAAGCGAUGAUAAAAAGGACCACAUGAUGCAAUCGGCGUCUGGUUCAUUAGUUGGUGAGCUUAUGGACAAGUUUGGUUUGUCUAAUAUCGCGCAGUACUCAGAGGCCUACAAACAGGCUCUUCAAGAAUCAGGAAAUGCUUUGAAACUGCAACAAUUAACAAGUAAGGACCGCGACAAUAAUAACAGUAGUUCACUUUUGCCACACGAUAAACUCAACGGGAUUCCUGCAGCUCUGAGACUUCGUGAAGAAUUCACUAAAAAUAUGUUGCAAUCACAAGGAUCACAUCCACCAAGCCAAGUUCCUUUACUUUACUCUUUUGAUAAUCCGUUUGAAGCAUCGAAGCGCCUGAAAAUGGAAAACGCUGCCGACUGGUGGGGUCUUCCCGGAUUGCAUCGAAAUGAUUCCCUGUUAAAGAGUCUGGUUCCCGGCUCGGCAGGUUCGCUACUACAAAACCCAUUGCUUAAGAAGGAAAGCAAACGAAACGAUACUUGCGAAUAUUGCGGUAAAGUUUUCAAAAAUUGCUCAAAUCUUACGGUCCAUCGACGAAGUCACACAGGUGAGAAACCAUACAAGUGCGAAUUGUGCUCCUAUGCCUGUGCGCAAAGCUCAAAGCUAACGCGACACAUGAAAACGCAUGGACGUACAGGCAAGGAUGUCUAUCGAUGUCGAUUCUGUGAUAUGCCAUUUAGUGUUCCAUCGACACUGGAGAAGCACAUGCGCAAGUGUGUCGUUAGUCAAGGUAAAGUUCCCAGUGGUGCAGGACUCGGAGGAUCGGCUCUAGGUCAUGCCGCCCAUUUAGGACAUCUGCCUCAGUUACCAAUGAUUCCAACCGGGGGCAAUAGCAAUAUGGGCGGUCUUACUGCCGAUGAUGAUUCAAGUGCAUCUGCUGCGAGUAAGGAAACAGCAUGACUCUAUCCGACCUGGGCGAGCUUCCACCAUCACCAUCAUAUGCCGCCCAACAACCAGGUCAUGUCGAGGAUAUUUUAAUGAAAAAGGCGAAAAUGUUUCAUGACAGAUUGCUGUAAUCGAUCAUAAUGAGCCUGGUCAUGGUGAAUCCUCGGGAGUAGGACUGACAAACAGUACUAUCCAUCUGGCUCGUAAACGCGGUGUACGGGCCAAUUCGCUUAUUAUGACCAACUACACCAUUUUGUCCGGCACAUUUUCUCCUUUUACGAACUUGUAAAUGAUAGACUUAGAUGAAAAGACAUAAACCACAAAUAGUUUCAAAUCGAAACGUCUCGAAUCAUUGCUGAAAGGUUGCGUAGCGCAAGCUAAUUCGGAUGAAUAAAAAAUGUUCCAAAAGAUUUACGAAACGAAAAUUAUUUAUAGGAGUAUGUAAGUGUUUGUAAAUAGUAUGAAACUCUAGAUAUUUAAGCGUACUCAUAACGUUCCAAUUUAUACGAAAAAAAAAAGAAACAGAUCUUAGGACAAAAGGUUUAGAUAAUACGUGAAAGAUAAUUAACUAAAUCCGAUUAAUUAGAACCAGGUCUCUAGGAAAGAAAAUGAAAUUUAGUAGAUCAUGCCAGAAAUUUAUCUAAUACUAAACGGACAUCGAAAUAGCUGUCUAAAAACAAAAAGUUAAUUUUCAAAGACCAAUCAAUACUUGGAAAAAAAAUACAGACGCCCGGCGACACUCACAGGAUAAUUCACAAGAGGCAUUAAUACCAAAGCAAAAUCAUUUGAAAAUGAAGCACACUAUGAAAUGGUUUUCACCUUUAACAACAGAAACGGAAAAUUAUCUAGGAUUCCACAUGGAUCAACCAUUUUUGAUGUAAAUAAUAAAUGUUUAAAACAGAAAAAAAAUACUUGGUUUCUGAAAAAAAUGUGUACAUUUUUACGAUAAGUUAUGGUAUUUUAUUCGUUUUAUACCUGCAUUAAAUCAAUUUCAAUUUAAUCAGUAUUUCUGGAAUAAUUUCUGAAUAAAAGACAAAAAAAUAAAUAUAAAAAUUAAAUAAAAAUCCCAAAAAAUUUUCUCCUCACCGAUAUUAGCAUAAAUACGUUAAAUUAAAUUAUAAAACAUUUUUAAAUUAUAUUAUAUGAUUCGAAUUUGUUUCAAAUGAAUUUCGUUGUAGUAAUUUUGUUUGUUAUUAAAUAUUAUUAAAUUUAAAGGAAAAUAAAUCUGAUUACAAUCGAAUUGAAAAUUAAUUGAAAUUUUUGUAUUAAUCUUAAGAAAAAUUAUUGGAGAUGUGGUUUCUUUUGUAAAUUUUUUAUCUAAUUUUAUAUGCCCCAUCAAAUUUGCCUUCUUGUUUUUCCUUUUCCCAUUGUAUUUAUAUGAAUUGUAAUAUUAUUUUAUUAUUUAUAUGUCGCAAAUCUCUAAAAUAAAAUUUCAAAUAUAUACAUACAUCUACACGCAAAUUAUUUCUGGUCUUCUUUAAAAUUAAUUAAAGUUUUCGACAUUUUUAUGUUUUCUUGCGCAUUGAAUUGAAUUUGGUGCAAAUUUAAUUUAUUUACUUUACCAGAUGAAUUAAAUUUGGACUGAAAACAAUUAGAAAUUGCCUUAUGUUUACUGUUACUCCGGCUAGGUAUUUGCUUUGUUUGAAAUUGAGGUUCUUGUUGUUUUGUAAUUUUUACGAACGCAGUACUAUUGGCAUGGAUGACGCCGAUGUAAUUUUUAAAAGAUUACUUUUUCUCCCUAUGCGUCCUCAGACAAAUGAAAACGGUUUGAGGUAGAAAUUGGUAGGAAACGCUACAAUAGUAGGUGGUACUGCGUCUCAUAAAAUAUUGACUUGAAAUUUCAAUAUUUCGUAAAUAUAUUUCCCAUUUAAGACUGAACUAAGUAAACAGAAGUGAAUAUAUAGCCCGCCUUCUUGGGAAAAAUGUUGCUUUGAAUUAUGACACUAUUUUGUUCAGGUUCUAUAUUAUAUCACGUGAAUGAUUUGAUUUGAUGCUGAGUAAUAGAUCAUUUGACCAUUGUACGUAAAUUCUAGUGUAAUUAUCCUUCCAAGUUGAGUUACAAGAAUUGAAAAACCCAAAAUAACAACUCAAUUGCGCCGCCCAAUUAUUCAAUUUGUUUUUGUAAAAAAAAAAAAGUAGUUCCAAUUAUUGCAAUACAGCUAUUGUGUGCACACACAAUUUUGUAAAUUUUCUGUCUACAUAGGUAAGAACGCACAUAUAUAAAAAAGAUUACCAUUGUCAUCAUACAUAACUCACACAGGGCCAGCGGAGAGUGACACAAGUUCCUCAAUCUCCGCCUAUAUAGUCUCAUAACUUAUUGAAAUUAACAAUAAAGUGAAAUUUUAUUAGGAAUUCAAAUCGAAUGCAAUUCGUCAUCUAUUUUUUGGUAAUUUUUUUGGCAAAUGGUAAUGUAAACAACAAGACAUCUGUAUAGUUGAAUUUAUUAUGUGUGUAAAUGAUCACGGAAGAUGAAAACAAUGAAUACGUGAAAACAAUACAAAUAAAAAUAGUAUUUAAUAAAUAGUAUUAAUUAUAUCAUAAUGAAUAAAACUUAGAUACCAUUUACAGAAAAGAAUCAUACACACAAAUACAAAAAAAAAAAAAAAAUAACUGGAAAAAUAUUAAUAUUUCUUAUUUAUUUCGUUAUAAACUAUAUAAGAGAAAAGAUGAUAUGAAGAAAAAUCUU